AUGGAUCGUUCCGUUCACUGCUCAGAUGUAACGGGACAACGAUCUAUUGCCACAUGGAACGGGGCACUUAAUAAGGAAAAUAACAAUAGCAAUGAAAACAUAUCAACAAGCAAUGAUAACGUGGGGCCAGUAAUUCGGAUUCUGGAAAUCGAAGCAAAGAUUGAUAAAGAACCCACCCAGAUAGAUGAAAGUUCCUCAGCUGUUUUAAAAUAUAGAACACCCAAUUUCAGGGCCAGUGCAACAGUAGAGAUCUCACCCUUCUCUGACAACGAGGCGUGGAAGGUCGGUUGGAUUCAAGCAUGCACGGAUAUGACAUUUCACAAUACCUAUGGCAAGGAGGGAUACACCAGCUGGGAAUUCCCAGAGCUAACAUCGGGCAAGCAGACGAUGAUCUCCGACUGUGACGGGCGCCAUUACCCCUGGUACGGCUCCCGGAAUGAAACGGUCAUCUUCAAAGGGCCCUGUGACCGCUACCAAACGGCCACUGUGUACAUGAACGAUAACUUCCAUCCACACGUCACCUGGCGCAAUCCGGCCAACCGGCACCAGUUGGAACCGAACCUUACCCAUAUCAUCCGAGACCAGAGCUUUUAUGUGUGGCUCGUUGCCUGGAAUAUGGUGACCAUGAAAAGUUUCGUCAUGCAG